UGACAGCAUCUUUACCGGAGAAAAGGCGAAGUGCGCUCAAAACAGAAGCCACAGCUCCUCCUACAGCAUUUCUUUCCUACUUGCGAAUUCCGAACUGUUGACAAGAUGUGCAAAGGACUAGCGGGUCUGCCGGCUUCUUGCUUGAGGAGUGCAAAAGAUAUGAAACAUCGGCUAGGUUUCCUGCUGCAGAAGUCUGAUUCCUGCGAACACAAUUCUUCCCACAGCAAGAAGGACAAAGUGGUUAUUUGCCAGAGGGUGAGCCAAGAGGAAGUCAAGAAAUGGGCUGAAUCACUGGAAAACCUGAUUAGCCAUGAAUGUGGGCUGGCAGCCUUCAAAGCUUUCUUGAAGUCUGAAUACAGUGAGGAGAACAUUGACUUCUGGAUCAGCUGUGAAGAGUACAAGAAAAUCAAAUCACCAUCUAAACUAAGUCCCAAGGCCAAAAAGAUUUAUAACGAAUUCAUCUCAGUCCAGGCAACCAAAGAGGUAAAUCUGGAUUCUUGUACCAGGGAGGAGACAAGCCGGAACAUGCUAGAGCCUACGAUAACCUGCUUUGAUGAGGCACAGAAGAAAAUUUUCAAUCUUAUGGAGAAGGAUUCAUACCGCCGCUUCCUCAAGUCCCGAUUUUAUCUUGAUUUGGCCAGCCCUUCCAGCUGUGGGCCAGAGAAGCAAAAAGGAGCCAAGAAUUCUGCAGACUGUGCUUCUCCGGUCCCCCAAUGUGCCUAAUUCUGACUCAGAGGCAAGAGCUGAAAUACUAAGACUCUAUGCUCUGGAAAAC